AGUUUAACUCACGAGUAGCGGAUGUGGCACUCGCUGUGUUGGACGCAAACUCGAGUUGUGUCACGGAUCAACGCGUCCGAAAACAACAUCCGGUAGUGGUAGUUCCUUUGUUGGAUUUCUAGGGCUUCUUUCUCCUUUCCCCCUCCUCUCUCUCUCUCCUCUCAGGUUUCCUCCGUGUGGCCUUCGAUCUCGUCGUGGAUCCUGUCAAUUGAUGGUGGAGUCCGUCGGGACGGGAGGGCGCGAUGUACGGAUUUGAGGCGCUGACGUUCAACAUCCAUGGCGGGUACCUGGAGGCCAUCGUCCGCGGCCACCGGUCGGGCCUCCUCACCGCCGCCGACUACAACAACCUCUGCCAGUGCGAGACCCUCGACGACAUCAAGAUGCAUCUCUCCGCCACCGAAUACGGCCCCUACCUCCAGAACGAGCCAUCUCCUUUACAUACAACCACGAUUGUGGAGAAAUGUACUCUUAAACUGGUAGAUGAGUACAAGCACAUGUUGUGUCAAGCAACGGAGCCCUUGUCGACCUUCUUGGAGUAUAUAACGUAUGGUUAUAUGAUUGACAAUGUUGUCCUUAUUGUCACUGGCACAUUGCAUGAGAGGGAUGUUCAGGAACUAUUGGAGAAAUGUCAUCCUUUGGGCAUGUUUGACAGUAUCGCAACACUUGCAGUCGCACAGAACAUGCGUGAGCUUUACAGAUUGGUUCUUGUUGACACACCAUUGGCCCCAUAUUUCUCAGAGUGCAUCACAUCAGAGGACUUGGAUGACAUGAAUAUUGAAAUUAUGAGGAAUACCUUAUACAAGGCAUACCUUGAGGAUUUCUACAACUUCUGUCAGAAACUGGGUGGAGCAACUGCUGAGAUCAUGUCUGACCUUCUUGCCUUUGAAGCUGAUAGAAGAGCUGUCAAUAUCACUAUAAAUAGCAUUGGCACUGAAUUAACUAGAGAUGAUCGUCGGAAGCUUUAUUCAAAUUUUGGAUUGUUAUAUCCAUAUGGUCAUGAAGAACUUGCUCUCUGCGAGGACAUUGACCAGGUCCGUGGAGCAAUGGAGAAAUAUCCUCCAUAUCAGUCAAUUUUUGCCAAGAUAUCUUAUGGAGAAAGUCAAAUGCUGGACAAAGCAUUUUAUGAAGAGGAAGUGAAGAGACUCUGUUUGGCUUUUGAACAGCAGUUUCACUAUGCUGUUUUCUUUGCUUACAUGAGACUGAGGGAGCAGGAAAUAAGGAACCUGAUGUGGAUCUCCGAAUGUGUGGCGCAGAAUCAGAAAUCCAGAAUCCAUGACAGUGUGGUCUUCAUUUUCUGAGUGCUACAUUUUGAAACCAAAACAUAAACAUGAAUUCUGAGAUGCCCCAAUUAUUUAUUUUGAUAUUUGGAUGUCCUCUUUCUCUGUUGUCUGUGGAUCGUGUUAUUCACCAUUAUAAUAAAUAUGCCAAUUACGUAUGAGAAUAAAUCUGUAAUAAGUAGACCUUGUAAUCAAAAUAGGGAGAGGUUCCCUGCAAAAUGAAGUGGAUGUAAAAUUCAGCUGCUCCCAGUAGCUUCUAUUUUUUUUA